UGCACCGACGAACUUGACAUUUUACCUCUGUUAGUCUGAGAAAAAAAAAUGAAUGGUCCUAAUUUCAAAAGUCCCAGCCCAAACCUUCUUCCUUUUUGUUAUAUACUUUUCUUUUCCACCUCCCAAAACUAACCAAUUGGCAUUCACUGUUACUACUUUGCUCAUGCUAGUAGUUAUGAGUAGUGGGGACACACUGUUGCACAAAGUAUUACAAUGCCCCACAUGCACUACUUUCAACUGCUAAUAAAAUGCUUUAUCCUCUCUUCAUUGGCAUUCUAAAACUACAGGCCACAAUUCUGAAAGACCAAAAAUAGAUAUGAAGAAGCAUUUAGCAUACACACUUUUUCUGAUUUUCUUGGUGCAGAAAGUAUGUUAUUUUGUCCAAGUUGAAGCAGGAGAUGGGUUCAUUAGGACUAGAGGAAUACAUUUCAUGUUGAAUGGUAACCCUUUUUAUGCUAAUGGCUUUAAUGCCUAUUGGCUAAUGUAUAUUGCUGCUGAUCCAUCUCAAAGAUCUAAAGUUACUGAUGCAUUUAGAGAAGCUUCGAGUCAUGGCCUAACUGUUGCUAGAACUUGGGCUUUUAGUGAUGGUGGAUACAGGCCACUACAAUAUGCCCCUGGCUCUUACAAUGAAGAUAUGUUUAAGGGGUUGGAUUUUGUGAUAUCUGAAGCAAGAAGGUAUGGGAUUAAAGUUGUAUUAAGCUUUGCAAAUAACUAUGAGAGCUUUGGUGGAAAGAAACAGUAUGUGAAUUGGGCUAGAAGUCAUGGGCAGUACCUCAAUUCAGAUGAUGAUUUCUUCAGAAACUCUGUUGUUAAGGGCUAUUACAAGAAUCAUAUUAGGACUGUACUUAACAGGUACAACAAAUUUACUGGAGUUAUUUACAAGAAUGACCCCACAAUCAUGGCAUGGGAGCUUAUGAAUGAGCCAAGAUGCACAUCAGAUCCUUCAGGAAGAACCAUUCAGGUAUUUCUAAUUAACUCCAUAUUCAUGGUUUAAUUUUUAUUAAGAAGCAGAAUUUAAAUCAAUGGGUCCACAUCUAAGAAGGAAAAUUAAAUGAAGUUCACUUUAUCCACUUCCUUGCAAUUUCUUCUAAUUUCUCCUUUUGCUGAAUUUUAAAUUAAACUGUGGUGGGAUUCCUUUUCUGCUAUAAAAAACAAAGAAAAAGAAAAGGAUUCCUUUUCUGCUUUGGUGGUUUUACUUUUGCAUUUUGGCAAGUUAGAUGCAGCCAAUUAAGCCUUGAAAUGCGGUGAUAAAUAGUAGGGGUGUGGAUCCAUCAGUUCGGUUCGAUUUUACGUAUUAUUGGUUCGAUUUAUCGAUUUUUAAUUUUUAAAUAUGUAAAUUCAAUAACCAACCAAUAAGAUAAUUUCUUAUCGAUUUCGGUUUAUCGAUUUUUAGUCCUUAACGGUUCGAUUUUCGAUUUAACCAAUAAAAAAAUACUUAUAAAAUAGAAAUAGUAACAACUAACAUAAAAAAA